UUCUGAUUGUGUGUAGCGCUACUUGUUGUUGCCUGUCUGAAGGAGCGUGAGUGUAUAGUCUUCCAGCCGGUCAGCAACUCACUCAUUCUAACCAAAUUAUGAACGGGAAUACUUUUUGAUAGAAGUAUAUAAAACUAAAAGAUAAGUAGGAGCAAAGAUCGUGGGAAAGAAGAAGAGGUCACACUGACAGAGUUGAGGAUGAUGGCUGAGGGGCGUUUUGCCAGUCUGCCCAGGUCCCUCCAUGCACACCACCCCCUGGGAGGAGGCACGGCUCACACCGGAGUCCCCUCCACCUCCCUCGGUGUCCACAGCAGCAGCACCUGCUCCUCCAGGGGGCUCCAGGCCUCCCUCGCCUCCUCCAUGGACCUCCUCAGCUCCAGAUCUGGUCUCCCUCCAGGGCAGGGAAGCAGCCUAUCAGAGCUGCCCGCUACUGCUUACCACCCAAUCUCCAUUCACGGAACUCUGCCUCGACGCAAGAGAGGUGGGGCCAACCUCAACCAUGGAAACUACACCUGGGACCCCAGAGCCAUUCACACGCAGCAGAUAUUUGGCGGGAACACGUCACUGGGUCCCGGACAAGCCCAUCAACCCAAGACCUCUCCACUGGUCCAAAAUAUAAUUGACGACUUUCAUGGUUACAGGGAGCCUGCUGCCGGCCUGGACGCCACAGUGGACUAUGUAAAGUUCUCCAGAGAUCAGUUCAUCGUGGACUGUCCUUCAGAGAAACUUCGCAGAGAGCUGGAGGAAGAACUGAAGAUGAACUGCGAGGAGCCGAGAAGCCAUGCAUGGUACCACGGCGCGAUUCCCAGACAGGUUGCAGAAAACUUGGUGCAGCGUGACGGAGAUUUCCUGAUCCGUGAUUCUCUGUCCAGUCCGGGAAGUUAUGUCCUGACCUGCCAGUGGCGAAAUACUGCCCAGCACUUUAAAAUCAACAAGAGGGUAGUGAUUUUGAACGAAGCCUACUCCAGAGUGGAGUACCGGCUGGAGAGGGACGGGUUUGAACACGUCCCUGCACUUGUGAGAUACUAUGUCGGCAACAGAAAACCUGUCUCCCAGGUGGUAGGAGCCAUUAUCUUCCAGCCAAUUAACAGGGGACUGCCGCUGCGCUGUCUGGAGGAAAAAUACGGGUUGUCCAGCCACCAUCGAGAGGUGCUCAUGGCGCAGGAGAGGCGGAAUCAGAAGCGCCGCAGCCUCAACAUUACCAACGGACACACACACGACAACACACACACCGUGCACGACAGCACACACGGCCGGGACGACGCCGUGAGCCGGGGCAGCCAGCUCAGGUCAAAGGAUCGCUGUGGCAGCCAACCAGCAAGUCUCAAUCAGGUCCAAGAGAGGCGACGCCCGCUCAAGGCGCACCAAUCAGAAAGCUACCUGCCUCUUGGAUCCAAAGCGCAGCCCCAGCAGUCUGCUGACCCCUCUCUCCCGAGCCCAAAGUCUCCAGUCUUUCGGACGGGCAGUGAGCCGUUGCUGAGUCCCUCAGUCUCACGGAGAUCUGCCGAGCUUCUGGCAGGCGAGGCCAUCCGGGGCUCUGAUAGCCAGUUGUGUCCCAAACCGCCUCCCAAGCCGAGCAAGGUGCCGCUUGCUCGACUGCCUCGCCCCCCCUGCCUUCAGCCACUAGCCCCCCCCUCCAGCUCCUCCAGCCUCACAGACUACUCCUCCACCUCCCCCCGGUUAACAGCACCUCCCCUGGACUCCGCGUGUGUGGAAACUCUUGGUUCUACAUGGAGGAGUGGAGCCACCACAGGCCCUGCUGUACCUCCAGUCAAACCCCUGAAGUUCCUCCAUCAGCUCCUGCCUGCAGACUCUCACAGCUCCUCCACUUCGGUACUUCCACCUGCUGGACUGGGUCAGUAUUCAGAUUCGGAGGCGAAAACAGGACGGACUGAACGCCUGCAGCCGAGCCCUGCAGACCUGAGGUCCUGCAGCCCGCUGGUUUGGGAGGAAUCAAAUCCCCCGAACCCCACCACGGACCCUGGCCUCCAGCCUCUGCUCUGCAGCUACGUGGAGAGACUGAGGAGAGAGGGGGAGGCAGGGAGAGAGGAGGAGGAGGGAGAGGAGGAGAAGGAGACGGGAGGGAGUAGAGGACUGGACAGAAGCUCCUACCAUCACGCCAUCGCUGCUUUAGAAAACACCAGCGAGGAAGAGGAGGAGGACGCAGGGAGGGAGGAGGACAGGAGGAGCGGUUUCCAGCGGCCCGUCGAAGAGACGGAGUCGACGUUCCGGCCGGCCGAGUUCCAAUCUCGCCUUCUGCCCUCGGAGAACAAACCGCUGGAGAUGGUGGUGCUGAAGAGAGCCAAGGAGCUGCUGCUCAGACACAAUCACCAUAGCAUCGCCAGACACCUGCUGAUGGCCGACUGCCAGGUUGCGAGGAUAGUCGGAGUGACUUCAGAGGUUAAAGGUCUGAUGGGCGUGUCCUCCGGUCUGGAGCUGGUGACGCUGCCACACGGGAGACAGCUGAGGCUGGACCUCAUGGAAAGGCACCACACCAUGGCGAUAGGCGUUGCCGUGGACAUUCUGGGAUGUACGGGCAGCGUGGACGAGCGGGCGUCCACCUUAAAUCGCAUCAUCCUGGUCGCGCUGGAGCUGAAGGACACGGUGGGUGACCUGUUCGCUUUCAUGGCCCUGAUGAAAGCUCUGGACCUGCCGCAGAUCAGCCGUUUGGAGGAAACAUGGACGGCUCUGCGGAGGAGCUACACACAGACCGCCAUCAACUACGAGAAAACACUGAGACCUUUCUACAAGAAUCUGUAUGAGGGCACAGCUUCCUCCCCUGCGGUGGUCUGCGUCCCCCUCCUGCUGCCCCUCCUCACUUUGAUGGAGCGUUCGUCAAUCACACCCGAGGGGGCGGAGCUCUGGGAGACCAGCGACCAGGGCUGUGACAUCAUGCUUCGCCACCUGGAGGACGCACGCUACGUUGCACACAACGCAAACACCUACACGGCCAACGCACAGGAGCUCUUACAAGGGUUCACGUGCGAUGAAGACCUGUUGGAGGUGUUCAAAACAGACUUUCAGCUGCGGCUGCUGUGGGGAAGCCGUGGAGCUUCAGUCAACCAAUCGGAUCGUUACAACAAAUUUAACCUCAUCCUCACUGCCUUGUCACGAAAACUGGAGCCCCCGCCCAAAACACAAACUUUAAUUUGACUUCACCUGACGCAACAACUCUGACAUCCGGACGCACUCUGGACUUCGGUAGAACAUCAGGUGGAUCAGAAACCAGCUGUUGAUGGAGAGAAAUCAACUCAACGAGGCAGAAAGUUGAUCAGAGCACGACCGGUUGGUAGUCCGAGGAAGAAGAUACGUUUCUAAAUCAAACUUCACGCAGGCUCUCCUGCAGCUGAACACGAUGCUGUCAGUAAUCCAGCAGCUGUUCAGUCGCCUUAUUUCUCCAGAUAAAGACUCUCAAGGUUCCAGACUUUUCAUUCACUUAAAGGUGCUGUAGGCAGGAUUGUGAAGAUCCAGGACUUAGCCCAAAAAAAAAUGUUUAACAUCGACAACU